GAGAGUGGUCUUUUUUCUCAUCUAUUGAAUCUCAGAGUUUGCCGUGUUGCGCGGCCCAAGGGAAGACCACAUAGAACACACAGAAUGCUACGACCAUCGAACGUUCCAAGCGGCAGUUUUGUAGAUGGGAAUCGAUGUUUCCACUUUGCCUUUUAAGAUAAAUAACUUUUUUGAAGAGAAACGGUGAAUGUGCGAAGCGGUGGAGACCUCCGGAUCACGAAAUGUUGGGAUGGAAGGUGCAGACUUUGACUCGCCGUCUCCAACAGGAGUAUGAAGUACUUUACGGGUGUGAGAUCACCGAGAGUGAAACUUUGUUGCCUUGGGACAUUACUACACGCUUUCGGGGAAAUAUUAUAACGUGUAAAAGCAGAACCAGCGCGAAGUCUCCGCAACAUGGCCUCGGCUGCUAAUGCCUCCUCCGAGCAGGAAAACAGGGACCCCGAUCGGCCGAGGAUAACGCGGAGGAACAGGGGGAACUAUCGCACAACAGCGCCGGAUUUGGAGUAUUUGCAGCGACCAAGUUACUGCGAUGCAGCUUUCGCUUUGGAGCAAAUAUCCGAGGGGAAGGCGACUGGAAGAAAAGCACCGCUGUGGCUGAGAGCGAAGUUUCAGAGACUCUUGUUUAAGUUGGGCUGUUACAUACAAAAGAACUGCGGAAAGUUUUUGGUUGUGGGCCUCUUGAUAUUCGGAGCUUUCGCUGUUGGCUUGCGGGCGGCGAAUCUGGAAACCGACGUGGAGAAACUCUGGGUAGAAGUGGGUGGCAGGGUGAAUCAGGAGCUGAAGUACACGCGUCAGAAGAUGGGCGAGGAGGCCAUGUUCAGUCCCCAGCUGAUGAUCCAGACGCCGCGGCAGGAGGGCGCUAACGUGCUCACUGUGGAGGCACUGCAGCAACACCUGGAUUCAGCUAUCAGGGCCAGCCGAGUGCACGUUUACCUCUUUAACAGACAAUGGAAAUUGGAACAUUUAUGCUACAAAUCAGGAGAACUUGUAACCGAAGCUCAUUUUAUGGACCAGAUCAUUGAGAAGCUGCACCCCUGUCUCAUCAUCACGCCCCUGGACUGUUUCUGGGAGGGAGCCAAGCUCCAGUCUGGAAUGGUCUAUCUCCCCGGAAAGCCCCCCCUGCAGUGGACCAACUUUGACCCCAAGGAGUUCCUGACGGAGCUGCGGACUCUGAAGUUCCAGGUGGACAGCUGGGAGGAGAUGCUGGAGAAGGCUGACGUGGGACACGGCUACAUGGACCGACCCUGUCUCAACCCCCAAGACCCUGACUGUCCACUCACUGCUCCCAACAAGAACACCACCAAGCCCUUUGACGUGGCUCGCGUCCUGACUGGCGGAUGCCAUGGCCUCUCCAGGAAGUACAUGCACUGGCAGGAAGAGCUGAUCGUAGGGGGGACCACCAAGAAUGGCACCGGACCGCUACUCAGUGCCCAGGCAUUACAGACCAUGUUCCAGCUGAUGACUCCUAAGCAGAUGUUUGAGCACCUGAAGGGUUAUGAGGAGGUGUCCCAUAUCAACUGGAACGAAGACAAGGCUGCAGCCAUACUGGAGGCCUGGCAGAGGAAAUACUCGGAGGCAGUACAGCAGAGUGUAGCCGUCAACUCGUCUCAGAAGGUUUUGUCGUUUACCACCACCACUCUGGAAGACAUCCUCAAGUCUUUCUCUGAUGUCAGCGUCAUACGAGUGGCCAGCGGCUACCUGCUGAUGUUGGCCUAUGCUUGUCUGACCAUGCUACGUUGGGACUGUGCUAAGUCUCAGGGAGCUGUAGGACUGGCCGGUGUCCUCUUGGUGGCGCUGUCUGUGGCUGCAGGCCUGGGGCUCUGCUCUCUGUUGGGCAUAUCCUUCAACGCUGCCACCACACAGGUGCUACCGUUCCUGGCACUAGGCGUGGGUGUGGAUGAUGUGUUUCUCCUGGCCCACGCGUUCAGUGAGACGGGACAGAACAAGAAGAUCCCCUUUGAGGACCGUACGGGGGAGUGUUUGAAGAGGACAGGAGCAAGUGUAGCUCUCACCUCUAUCAGUAACGUCACCGCUUUCUUCAUGGCAGCCCUCAUCCCUAUACCUGCCCUACGAGCCUUCUCUCUGCAGGCUGCGGUGGUGGUGGUGUUUAACUUUGCCAUGGUACUGCUCAUCUUCCCUGCCAUCCUCAGUAUGGACCUGUAUCGCAGAGAGGACCGCCGCUUUGACAUCUUCUGCUGCUUCUACAGCCCGUGUGCUAACAGGGUGAUCCAGAUCGAACCCCAGGCUUACCUGGACGGAGCAGACGGCAGUCACUACAGCCCCCCUCCUACCUCCUUCCGCACCCCCCCUCCCUCCUACAGCAGCCAUGGUUUCUCCCAGCAGACUCAGAUCACCAUGCAGUCUACCGUCCAGCUGAGGACAGAGUACGACCCCAGGACUCAGGCCUUCUACACUACGGCCGAACCCAGGUCCCAGAUCUCCGUACAACCGUUUACACCCACAGCCACCGGCCCCGCCAACAACCCCAACACCAGUCACGGUGUUCAUGGCAACAACAACCACCAUAGCAACCAUCACAGCCGGAGUGGGAGUAGCAGUAGUCACGGCAACCUGAACAACAACAAUGGUGGGCGUGGUUCCGGCUCAGUCCCGUUCCCUCCUCCCCCGUCCUCCUCUGGCGUUCCCCCUGUCUCCCCCCAGGCGGGGGAGGGGGUGUGUGUGUCGGGGGAGAGUGCCAGCUCCUCCAGGGAUCUGCUGUCCCAGUCUGGAGAGGCCUCUCUGCGGCUGCGCUGUCUGGAGCCCCCCUGCUCCCGAUGGACCCUGGCCUCCUUCGCAGAGAAACACUACGCCCCCUUCCUACUGCAGCCCACCACCAAGGUGGUAGUCAUCCUGCUGUUCCUGGUCCUGCUGGGGGUCAGUCUGUACGGGACCACGCGGGUACGGGACGGGCUGGAGCUGACCGACAUCGUUCCCAGGGAGACCAGCGAGUACGACUUCAUCGGGGCCCAGUUCAAGUUCUUCUCCUUCUACAACAUGUACGUGGUGACCCAGCGGGCGGAGUACUCCCAGGCCCAGCCCCUGCUCUACCAGCUGCACUGCAGCUUCAACACGAUCCGCUACGUACUGAGGGAGGACAACGGCCAGCUGCCACUCAUGUGGCUCCACUACUUCAGGGACUGGCUGCAAGGUGAGCUGACGAGGCAGCGCUUGGUGGAUGCGGAUGGCAUCAUCAACACGGGGGCGUUUUACAUCUACCUGACGGCGUGGGUCAGCAACGACCCGGUGGCGUACGCAGCCUCGCAGGCCAACAUACGGCCACACCCCCCGGAGUGGCUCCACGACCGCACAGACUCCAUGCCCGAGACACGCCUCAGCAUUCCUGCCGCCGAGCCCAUCGAAUACGCACAGUUUCCCUUCUACCUCAACGGGCUCCGCGAGACCCCCCAGUUUGUGGAGGCCAUCGAGUCGGUGCGGGCCAUCUGCAGUAACUACAGCCGCCAGGGCCUGCCCAGCUACCCCAACGGCUACCCCUUCCUCUUCUGGGAGCAGUACGUAGGCCUCAGACACUGGCUGCUGCUCUCCAUCAGCGUGGUGCUAGCCUGCACCUUCCUCGUCUGUGCCCUCUUCCUGCUCAACCCCUGGACCGCCGGCAUCAUCGUCCUGGUCCUGUCUCUGAUGACCGUGGAGCUGUUUGGUAUGAUGGGGCUGAUAGGGAUCAAGCUCAGUGCUGUUCCUGUGGUCAUCCUCAUCGCCUCGGUGGGCAUCGGAGUAGAGUUUACUGUCCAUGUGGCUCUGGCAUUCCUCACAGCGAUAGGGGACCGUAACAGGCGGGCAGUGCUGGCGUUAGAACACAUGUUUGCUCCGGUUUUGGACGGAGCCUUCUCUACUCUACUAGGAGUCCUCAUGCUAGCAGGGUCCGAGUUUGACUUUAUCGUCAGGUAUUUCUUUGCUGUGCUGGCCAUCCUGACAGUUCUGGGGGUGCUGAAUGGUUUGGUCCUUCUUCCUGUGUUGCUGUCCUACUUCGGCCCCUAUCCAGAGGUGACCCCUGUGGAUGGGCGUAGCCGGUUACCCACCCCUUCCCCGGAGCCUCCUCCUCACGUGGUCCACUUCUCAGUCCGCCCACGCCACACCACCUCUGGCACGGGGACAGGAACGGGCUCUGACUCGUCCGACUCUGAGUACAGCUCCAACACCACGGUAUCAGGCAUUAGCCAGGAGCUGCAGCAGUACGACCUCCCCGCCACUAGGGGCAGAGCUGGGAGAACAGAGGACAUGCAGUACGGCAUCCAGACCAGCAGGGGCAGAGCUGUUAGAACAGAGGAGGUGCGACUAGGAGCAGGGCCAAGAAGGACAGCUAGACAAGGAGACGCCACGGCCUACUCUGUGUCUUCUUCGGUCCUGCCGGAGUCAGGGGCCCAUCCUGGUGCAUCCCGUCGCUUCAGCAAAAGGGACCUACAGUCGCUGCCCCCAGCACGCCCGCGCAUGGACGCUUUUGAAACUGAGGCUGGAGGCCAUUACAGCUCCGGAGGCCAUUUUGGCUCGGGCGGCCACAGAGAACGCUCCGCGGGGCACAGGACCCGUCCAUCCCACAACCCCCGGCCCAAUCACCACCAACCUCACCACCCUAACCUUAACCCCGCCCCUACUUACUGUCAGCCAAUCACCACGGUAACGGCCUCUGCGUCGGUUACCGUCGCCGUCCACUCUGCCCCUCCCCCCACCCAGAGCCCCACUUCCUCUUACCCAGGACACACUGCAGCAAACAGUUACCACACAGCAGGCGGCGCAGAGCCGGCGCCUGCCUUCCAGGACCCCCAUGUGCCACUGGUGGUCCAUAUCAGCUGCAGAGGAACCAAGAUGGAGGCCAUGGAGCUCCAGGAUGUGGAGUGUGAGGCAGCUGAGAGCGACUGUGGCAAGAGGGCAAGCUGAGUGGAGGAGAGCAGAAGUACAGCGGCCAAAGAUGGACUCCCUCUCUCACUCAGCGGCCCACAGCGCAGCGACACACAUAACCCAGUGGUGGGCUAGCGCCAUGGUGCUCAAUCGUACUGGAACCCAGUGGAUGUUUGUUUCAGAUAUCUCUAUCCAUAUUUAAAAGAUGUACACUCAUGUAAAUAUGAAAACAAAAAUAGCUAUAAUGUAGGAGCUGUACAACUCCUUUUUUAACAGACUGGGGACGUAAAUUUUUAUGACGUGUGUGUGUGUGCGUGUGCGCGUGUGUGUGUGUGCGCGCGUGGGUGUGAAAUCUCUGAUUACUGUUCACUCAUCUGUGGAUCUGUGCCAUGAGGAAACUUCAUCUAGACAAUACAUUUCAGCAUACAUUGCUGCUGCUUCAGAUAUUUUGGUAAUGACGUAUGAUAACUGUGUACACGAACUUGUAUAAUACUUCUAUGCAAAUGUUUCUUUUACGUUAUAAAGAGGUGAGCGAGUGUGCAAGGGUGAUUGUGUGUGUGCGUGUGUGCGUGGGUAAAUCAUCAGAUCCAUCUCUCAAGAAAUAGGCUAACGAUCACGUCAUGUGAAGCGUUACACAACAACUACACGGAGAUUGUGUGUGCGUGUGCGUGUGUACGUUUGUGUAUAAAGGUCCACUUUUGAACAAAAAAAAAACGAAUAAUUUGCUUAUCACAAACCUGUGGUAGUUAUGAAACAAUUACUGUUGAACUCUGACUCACGCUAUGCGUGCUAUUUAAGACGAGCAUAUUAUGAAGAAGAUAUGCAGCUGUGUUGUUUGUGACUGUCCCUGCGUCGUAGCUUCCGCAUUGUCUCCGCUCUGAGCUCUUGUGUUGUUGUCUAGGGAUUGUUUUACUGUAAAAGGCCAUGCGUGCCUUGGCUGUCCCUCGGACUCAAUUGCCCAUCUCCCCUUUUCUCUGGUGAUGUCAUAGCUCUCGGCAGCCAUCUUAUAGUAGCAUGAGUGGGCGUACAAGUAUCACUCCCGUAGCUAAUGCAUAUUACAGUCGGAGUACAAAAUCCAUGGUAGAAAGUCAAAGCCAUUAUGGAGGAUAUUUUUUUUAUAAUCAUUUUUUUCUCGUGGAUGCAACUUCUGUUAUUCUAACUGUAAAUAUACAGUUUUCGUCAAAAGUUUGGACACAACUACUCAUGCUUUUCUUUAUUUGUACUAUUUUCUACGUUGUAGAAAAAUAGGGACACAUCCAAACUGUGAAAUAACACAUAUGGAAUCACGUAGUAACUCAAAAAGUGUUAAACAAAUCAAAAUAUAUUUUAUAUAUGAGAUUCUUCAAAGUAGCCAACCUUUGCCCUGAUGACAGCAUUUCACACUCUUGGCAUUCUCUCAACCAGCUUCACCUGGAAUGCUUUUCUAACAGUCUUGAAGGAGUUCCUACAUAUACUGAGCACUUGUGGGCUGCUUUUACUUCUCUCUGUGGUCAAACCAUCUCAAUUGGGUUUAGGUUGGGUGAUUGUGGAGGCCAGAUCAUCUGAUGCAUCACUCCAUCACUCUCCUUCUUGGUCAAAAAGCCCUUACACAGCCUGGAGGUGUGUCGGGUCAUUGUCCUGUUGAAAAACAAAUGAUAGUCCCACUAAGCACAAACCAGGUGGGAUGGCGUAUUGCUGCAGAAUGCUGUGAUAGCCAUGCUGGCUGGUUAAGUGUGCCUUGAAUUCUAAAUGAAUCACUGACAGUGUCACCAGCAAAGCACCCCCACACCAUCUCACCUCCUCCUCCAUGCUUCACGGUGGGAACCACACGUGGAUAUAAUCCGUUCACAUAAUCUGCGUCUCACAAAGACAGGGCGGUUAGAACCAAAAAUGUCAAAUUUGAACAGAUUACCACUGGUCUAAUGUCCAUUGCUUGUGUUUCCUGGCCCAAGCAAGUCUCUUCUUUUUAUUGGUCUCAUUUAGUAGGGUUUGUUUGCAGCAAUUCGGCCAUGAAGGCCUGAUUCACACAGUCUCCUCUGAACAGUUGUUGUUGAGAUGUGUCUGUUACUUGAACUCUAUGAAGCUUUUAUUCGGGUUGCAAUUUCUGAGGCUGGUAACUUUAACGUAUUAACUUAUUCUCUGCAGCAGAGGUAACUCUGGGUCUUCCUUUCCUGGUUUUUGCGACUGCACUUGAAGACACUUUCAAAGGUCUUGAAGUUUUACGAAUUGACUGACCUUCAUGUCUUAUAGUAAUGAUGGACUGUCGUUUCUCUUUUCUUAUUGGAGCUGUUCUUCCCGUAAUAUGGACUUAAUAUGGUCUUUUACCAAACAGGCUAUCUUCUGUAUACCACCCCUACCAUGUCACAUCACAAUUAAUUGGCUCAAACGCAUGAAGAAGGAAAGAAAUUCCACAAAUUAACUUUUAAUAAGGCACACCUGUUAAUUGAAAUGCAAAGGGUGGCUACUUUGAAGAAUCAAAGAUAUAAAUAUAUAUUCCGAUUUGUUAAACACUUUUUUGGUUACUACAUGAUUCCAUAUGCGUUAAUUUCAUAGUUAGUUUUGAUGUCUUCUACAAUGUAGAAAAUAGUCAAAAUAAAGAAGAACAUUUGAAUGAUUAGGUGUUUCCAAACAUUUGACUGGUACUGUACAUACUAUCUCUAGUGAUAAGCUACACCUAGGAUACUACCCUACUCAGCCUGACACUUGACUGCAUUACACGUUUCAUUCACAAGAAAGUCUCACUCUCUCUCCAUCCCCCUCUUUCUUCCUCUUCAUCCAAUAAGCUACCCGUCCAGAGAGCUAAAGGUUUAAGCACUAUCUGGUCUAACAAUACUUGGUGUGUGUGUGUGUGUGUGUGUGUGUGUGUGUGUGUGUGUGCGUGUGUGUGUGUGUCUGUGUGUCUGUGUGUCUGUGUGUCCGUCUUCCUCUCUCUCUGUCCUCCUCAGUGACAGCAAAGACAACUGGCCCCAAUUUAGCCCAGCCGUCCCUACUGACCUCACCUCGUAAAAAUCCACAACAUAACGCCAUGACACUAAUUGGAAGUUCCCCCUCAACUGCCAAAUGGCACAGGCCAGAGCCUCAGGGGUCAGGGUUCACCAAGCCACCGACCCCCCCCCCCCCCCUCACGUUCAGCCCGGUGUGUGAGUGUGUCAACCGCGUCUUGUCUAGCUCCCCCAUACACCACCCACCCUCCCACUCUCACACAUUCCCCGACACCCGCCCCCCCUGCAUACGCACAGACUUCCUGUCCAACACGUGUAGCUACGUGUGUCAUUUUCUCCCAGAAGUCUUAACCGUGUCGUUAGUAUCCCCCUCCAUUGUCCAUAUGUCGUGUCAGCUGCUUGUGUGAAUUUUUUUUUUCUUCGUUUGUUGGUUUAUUUGUUUUUGUUUUCUCCUGAUGUCACAUUGGCAGUAAUGGAGAGAAAUCAUGGCGGGCAACUAUUUUCUUCAUUUUUGAAAUGUUUGGUUUUUUCGACGUUGGAUUUGCGCUAUUUAUAUUUUUGUAAUUAUAAGAUGUUUGUUUGUUUUCUUUCGUUAUUGGUCAUCAAUGCCAGUGGAUAACAAAUGCAGGGAUUUUUAUGUCUAUUGAAAAACACUAUUACAGUUAUUGUUUUGACAUGAAUGGUGUUCUGAUCUGUAUAACGUGCUUACUAAUGUUACGUAGGGAAACAAGAGUAUAUAGCAUUUACACUACAACACUCACCAUAGCUCUUAGAGGAUUUUAAAAAGGAAAGGAAAUCAAUGGUUUUCUGUCUUCGUUGGCGAGGAUAUAUAUUGUUUCAGUUACAAAGAUAAAUGUAUGCCAUAUAAUUUAUUUAUAUGAAAAUUUAUUUUUGUAGUAUACAUAGCAGUUGUCAAGUUAUUUGACGGAAGUAUAUUUUUAAAGAGUUUAUAUGUAAUGAUACCGUAACAGAGAAAAUCCUAAGGUGGACUCUUUUCACUGAUGACAUUAACAGUCAGUAUUAUCUAUCAUAGGGGAGAGAAAACUCAGCAAGCUGUUUCUAUGGGUUUGUCAAAUGCUGGCCAUGAAAGUAGAAGUUGUACUAGCUCUCUAAAUAUUAAUGUUCAAACACUGAUAGAAUUCUAACAAAUAAAAAAUAUUAUAACUUA